ACCUCUGAAGACAAGGUAAGGAGGUGACAGGACAUCUGAAAGUGGGUUCUCCUGAGAGGAAGAAAGUCUACACGGUGAGGUUAGGGGGACCGAGGGGAACUGAAAUGUAAGACAACGAUAACUAUAAGAUGACGAUGACUAGGACAUUACAGAUCGGACUGUUGAGCACAUGGACUGUGAAAGGCCACAUUAAGCAGUCACGAGGCCGCCUGUGUCAUCCUUUAGUCUCACGUUUUACCUUUCCUAACCAUAAUGUGGGUCUAAACAUCCCAAAUCUUGUACAAAUCCCAAUAUAUCAUCCAGAAAUUGGGCGUUGACGAGCGUUGCUCUUGACUCCGGACUCUACAGACAAUGCGCGCCUUCCUGCAGUUCACACAGAGACACCCCUGGGUGACAAAUGUGACGAUUUACGGCUCUCUUUUUGCAUCGGCAGAUAUUGUGCAGCAAAAACUCUCUAAAGGACCAAACGAGCAGCUAGACUGGAAGCAGACCGCUAAGGUCGGCCUGGUGGGCUUCUGCUUUCACGCCAAUUUUAAUUUUUUUUGGCUACGAUUUAUAGAAAGGGUGUUUCCAGGAUCCGCUCCGAGGAAUGUCAUAAGGAAAGUGGCAUGUGACCAGUUACUGGCUGCGCCCAUCACCAUCAGCGCCUUCUACACCGGUUUAAGUCUUCUGGAUGGAGAUGAGGACAUCUUUAAAAACCUUAAAGAGAAAUUUUUGCCAACUUAUAAGACUGGAGUGUUAUGCUGGUCCGUGUUUCAGACCAUAAACUUCAGCAUUAUACCUCCUGUGAUAAGGACGGCCUACAUUGGGGUGUGCGCCUUUCUGUGGACCACCUUCCUCUGCUAUAUCCGUAACCGAGACAUUGAUCAGGUGACCACAAGGCUCCUUCAGACCAUCCCAAUAAUCGGCAAUAAAAUGAGCCAUGAAACGGGCAAAGAAGAGGGAGAAAAAAAGGAAUAAAUGCUGCUGAACCUAUGGAUUCCAUACAUGGUCCUUCACGUCUACAUCCAACAUGUCCCAGUGUGAACAGCAUCCUUCUGAGAAAUCGCCAGUCCCGAAAAUCUGCCGCUAUCCCCAAGAUGAGCGUCUCUUCCUGCCCAGCAUCAUCUGACAUAAUUUAGAGGCACAGAUAUCCUUAAAGGGAUUCUCCCACGACUAAUGUAAAAAAUGAAAAUCAGAACCUCAUCUAGUACAUGACAACCUCUUUCUAACAAAGCUAGAACCAGCCCUGUACCUGACAUGGAUCCAGAGA